GUUUUUCAGUAGAGAGGAGGUAUAAAGGGCUGCUGGCCGGUGAGAGUAAGCCAAAACCAGUAUGGAACACGAACAGAACUCGCGGGCUGAAAAGGAGGAGAGCUGCAACGCCUCCUCUGCCUCAUCCGUUGAGUCUGAGGAAGGAACAGACUCUGAGUCCUCAGACAAGAUGUCUACACCAGAGAAGCUCACGCCGUACCAAGGCAAACGGAGGUCGUUCGGAUUCUUUCGUUGUCCAAAAUGCCGAGAUCAAGCAGGACGCAGCGUGGAAUGGGCCUCCGCCAGUUCGUGGGCCAACACAUACCAGAAGUGCAAGACUUGCUACACGGCCGUUUACCCCUACAGACAGCUCAAGCUAGAGAAAGGUGCUGGAUCCAAGGAACGAAAGCCUCACGCUCGGAACCUGUGCCAGCGGUGCAUCGAGACAGGAUGGCCGUGCUACUAAACUGAAAAGUACAGCAAGACAACAAACGGAGGCAAAUGCUGAAGCGUGAAGAGAUUGAAAGGAAGGGAGAAAGGAAAGCUUUUUGUUUUGUCUUUGUUUUGUUUUCUUAGGGGAAAUGAUUUGCACGGGGCUCACAACCACUGACUCGGCCUAGUGAAGGAGUGAAGGCUACUCUUUGUUACAGGAUGAUCACAAGAGUAACUUGAGCCUCAUGCAGAAACUUGACUUGUUAUUAGCACGAACACGUCAGUGCCGCCUCCGAGGAAACAGUGUGCUCAGGUCAUCACAGAAAAGUGCAGUAGAUCUAGUAGUAGUAGUAGUAGUAGUAGUAGUAGUAGUAGAAGUAGUAGUAGUAGUAGUAGUAGUAGUAGGAGGAGGAGGAGGAGGAGGAUCAGUAGUAGAUGCAAGCGCAGUCAGGCUCCCAUGUAAUGCUAGCAACCUGAAGAAUACGGGGAUAGAAAUAGACAUAUGCAUGGUAAUGUGGAGAGAGAAGACGCUGUCCCCUGGCGUGAGUCAGCUCGGCUGCGAGAUUGCCAGAGAACGCUGAUUUUGCUUCCCUUUCGUGCGCUAUAGUUUUGCAUACCUGUGUUGUAAUCAUCAGCGAACUUUAGUAUGCGUUACUUUAAGUUUAUAACAGGCACGACUUUCAGUGUACCGUGUUUUAACGAUGUUAAUUUUAAUGAUGUCAUUGCAUGGUGGGGACCUCCGUGACCCGGACGAUUACGGUUGGGUAUGUUGUAAACAGCCGUAGCCAAGGGAAGCUCAGACAAAAUGGCUGUGAGCGCGGCAAGACAAGACGUUCGACUUCUCUGGAGCAGAGACAAGACCCGGCACGAAGGUUAAGGCGGCCAGGCAACAACCCCGCGUGUGUAUCGUCGAGCUGAGUGUUUGUUUCAGGAACCUGCCUCCGCGCCAGAGCCUGGAGAGGACACGUUCUGUUGUGUUGUAAGUCAGUACAGUGGGGUGAAUAGGCUGGAGCGACCGGAGAACUCCAUCAUCGCCUCCAGCAGACGGAGCGCCGCCAGUGUGGGGCGCAGCGCGGCGUGCGUGGCGCGUGGCGGGCUCCUCCGCUGCCUCGCCUGGGCCGUGCACGCCGGUGUCCUGCACGCCCACGUUAUAGUUCAGGUUGUGAUUCAUGCGACAGAUUCGUUUCACAUCAUGAACUAUUAUUUCUUUUACACUUGUUUUAUUGUUUGUUCCCCAAAGAGAAAUAAAACUGUUAAUAUUA